CACGGUCACUCAUUCGUUAUUGAACCUCGGUUUCGUUUAGUUCGCUCUUAUCCCGGAUCUUCCCUUUGCUGCAAACAUGGUGAAUCUUGGUGAGGUUUUCCCGAAUUUUGAGGCUAAAUCCUCUGCAGGUGAUAUAAAGUUUUACGAAUGGCUUGCUGACAGCUGGGCGAUUCUAUUCUCCCAUCCAGCUGAUUACACUCCUGUAUGCACCACUGAGAUCGCAGCGGUCAUCCAGAGGAAAGAAGAAUUCGAAAAGCGUGGAGUCAAGUUGAUUGCUCUCUCCUGUGAUAAUCUGAAGAGCCACAAAGGAUGGGGAAAGGACGUCAUGCAGUUUGCUGGUUGCACUGGAGAGGUCCCCUUCCCCAUCAUUGCUGACCCGGAGAGAGACCUUGCCGUCAAGUUUGGCAUGAUUGAUCCUGAUGAGAAGGAUGCUGCAGGAAUGCCUUUGACUGCCCGAUGUGUUUUCAUCAUCGGCCCUGACAAGAAGCUCAAGCUUAGUAUUCUCUACCCGGCUACUACUGGAAGAAACUUCGAUGAAAUCAUCCGGGUCAUCGAUUCUCUUCAGCUGACCGCAACAAAGAAGGUGGCAACACCAGUGGACUGGACGCCUGGUAAGGAAGCCAUGGUGGUGCCUAGUCUAUCUCCCGAGGAGGCCACAAAGAUCUUCCCCAACCACCGCAAGGUGGACGUCCCAUCUGGGAAAGGGUACCUUAGGUUCACCACAGAAUAUAAAUAAGGCAAGAAUGAGACGAUGGGAGGUUAAAGUGAUAAUCUGACACCUUUGGAUGAACUCCGUUCUGCCUUGUAACUGGAUAGACGUAGACUGCUCUGGAUUAUUUGCUAUGUACUAGGAAAUGAUGUUAUAAUGCUCAACGCUUAAAAUUUAGUUUUGAAGGCUCCACGCAUUAAUGAGACAUUAUCGCAGUUAAAGAUCUGUGUCGCUUUGAAAAUGUGCAUAAUAUCUGUUCCAAGAAAACUGCUUUGAGUUGUUAUUAUCCUCGUGAUGUUCCAUUCAUGAUUUCAAAGUUACUUAAUGUGUUAAUUAUGCAGGUGCUAAAUAAGUUUUUUAUUAAGUGUCAAAAUUAAGAAUCAGAAGUAAGAAUUAGUUUCACCAUUAGAUAUUUGUAUAUUUUAGAUACAGAUAUAUUUUCAUAUACAAGUUACAAUAAAGAAAUAGUCAAGUUUCAUUCUGUACGACUAGAAUUCUGGUACUCAUAAUGCACUAUUUUUGGAAUGAAUAAAGUAGAAGACUAACUGA